AUGGACGUGGACGUGGAUGUGGACGUGGACAUGGACGUGGACGUGGACGUGGACGUGGACAUGGACGUGGACGUGGACGUGGACGUGGACAUGGACGUGGACAUGGACGUGGACGUGGACGUAGACAUGGACGUGGACAUGGACGUGGACGUGGACGUGGACGUGGACGUGGACGUGGAGUGGACGUGGAUGGACGUGGACGUGGACGUUGACGUGGACGUGGACGUGGACAUGGACGUGGACGUGGACGUGACGUGGACGUGGACGUGGACGUGGACGUGGACAUGGAGGUGGACGUGGACGUGGACGUGGACAUGGAGUUGGACGUGGACGUGGACGUGGACAUGGACGUUGACAUGGACGUGGACGUGGACGUGGACAUGGACGUGGACAUGGACGUGGACGUGGACGUUAACGUGGACGUGGACGUGGAAUGGACGUGGAGUGGACGUGGACGUGGACGUGGACGUGGACGUGGAGGACGUGGACGUGGACGUAGACGUGGACGUGGAGAACUUGGACGUGGACAUGGACGUGAACGUGGACGUGGACGUGGACGUGGAGGACUUGGACGUGGACAUGGACGUGGACGUGGACGUGGACUUGGACGUGGACGUGGACGUGGACGUAGAUGUGGACGUAUACGUGGACGUGGACGUGGACAUGGACCUGGACAUGGACGUGGACGUGGACGUGGACGUGGACAUGGACGUGGACGUGGACAUGGUCGUGGACGUGGACGUGGACGUGGACGUGGACAUGGACGUGGACGUGAACAAGACGUGGACUGGACGUGGACCUGGACGUGGACGUGGACGUGGACAUGGACGUGGACGUGGACGUGGACGUGGACGUGGACGUGGACAUGGACGUGGACAUGGACGUGGACGUGGACAUGGACGUGGACGUAGACGUAGACGUGGACGUGGACGUGGACAUGGACGUGGACAGGACGUGGACGUGGACGUGGAGGACGUGGACGUGGACGUGGACGUGGACGUGGACGUGGAGAACUUGGACGUGGACAUGGACGUGAACGUGGACGUGGACGUGGACGUGGAGGACUUGGACGUGGACAUGGACGUGGACGUGGAGUGCACGUGGACGUGGACGUUGACGUGGACGUGGACGUGGACAUGGACGUGGACGUGGACGUGA